UCUAGUCAUCUAUUUUUUUCUUCUUCUUCUUACGUAAACAUGAGGUGGGGCACACGGCUGACGCAGGACAUCAAAUGUGCUCGGGACUAGACUUGUGAAUCCUAAACAGACUUUUUCUCCGGAACUAUUGUCUGCAACUUCAACAGCAAGAUAUUAUCUUUGCUCUGGGCAGCUCUGACGACCAUGGAACUAUUGUAACUUUGGACUAUUGUAACAGAGGGAUGAAUGAAAUCCCUUUAACGAGAAAGAAGGGUGACACGAGUCGGCCUGUGUUAGUCUUGUCGCCACACAACAGGAGUCGGUAGUGGAACACUUUGACAGGUAUCACCUAUUCCCAGAGACACGCCAGGCUGCGGCAAUGUCGAGCUCACAAGAGCAGAGCCUCGAUGAGAACGCAGUGUUCCUGCCGGUGAAUGAGUUCUCCGCAGAGUUCCUCCAUUGUGAGAAGGAGCGUCGAGCAGUGGAGAGACUCCUGAAUGCAGGACCAGAGGCCUUCUACAGCUCCAUCGGCACAGAGCGCUCCGGCUGCUUCCUGUCUUCUGAGGAGGUCAGCCAGAUAUCCAACUGGGCUCAGGACUAUCGCUCGAACCCGCAACAGGUGCAAAGUCAGCAGGUGAAUGGAGAGGAAGGCAGCUCAGACAUGGAGGACAUCUGUUCCACUUACUUCCCUUCCCAAUCAGACAUACCAGCCCCCAACCUGGACCUGGGUUGGCCUGAAGAAGUCCCCAUGGUGCCAAACGGAAGCGUUAAAGUCCACACCAGCCCUCCUGCUGAGGGACAACCUCCAGUCAGACAGAUCAUCAGACGGCACUUGCAAAAGGCUGGACAAGUAAUUGCCAUCGUGACCGACAGAUUGACGGAUGGUGCAAUUAUUGGUGAUUUACAUAAUGUUGCUUCACGGGGCGUCCCUGUCUACAUUAUUCUGAAUAAAAGGUCCAUUCAAGAGAACUUCACUCUGAACAGGCUCAGGCAUCCGAACAUGCGGGUCCGUGUUCUUGGAGGGAAAAGCUUCUGUUCAAGGACGGGAAGAAUGGUGGUCGGAGAAAUGAAAGACAAGUUCCUUCUGGUGGACUUAGAGACAGUGAUUCAUGGCAGCUUCAGCCUCACAUGGACAGACGCCCAUCUGCACCGGCAGCUGAUCACUGUUCUAAGCGGCCCAGUUGUUGAAUCAUUCGAUAGGGAGUUCAGGAUCCUUUUUGCUGCUUCGCUUCCCAUCCCAGACACAUGGAGCCUUGCAGGUAUUCAUCUCGAUGUGCCUCAUCAGCUGAAAGACCGCUCAGAUCUUGCGUUUCAAAGACCUCACCAUUCGGAACCUGAGAUGUUCAACCCCCCAUCACCACCUGCUGAUUACCUCCUGGACUGGGAAGCCAUGGGUGUUAUCCAGAGGAACCGUUGCGUCCCGGAAAUUCCUCUUGAUCAGCAUGCUGAAAUCAUGGCCAAGGAAAUACCACUGCAGAGCAAAAUGCUGUUUAUGAAAAACACACCCAUUGUGGAGGGUUUCAGAAACCAGUUUUUUGAAAACACAAGGGUAUUUGAAAACACCUCUCCAGUCACAAACCAUAUGCCAUAUAAAUCAACAACUUUCAAGGAUUUUGAUAAUUUUCAGAUCAACACACAGCCCUGGCUAACAGAUCCAACAACUGAAGAAAGAAUGAGAAGGGUGGACCACAUAGUACAUAAAGCCAUUCCCAGGCAACUCUCCAUUGAGAACAACACCCAUUUAGAUGACCAAAAAACAACAAGACUUAUUGAUGAUAAAGCAACAGAACCAACACACAAUAUAUUCAUACAUUCCGCUUCUCCGAGAAGAGAGCGAUCAAGGACGGAGGCCAUUUUGGAAGAUGAGCGCAGCGUAAAACAAACGAGCUCCAAAGUGGAAAACACACCAUCUUCUCGAAAACCUCUCAUCCUGAGGAUGCCCCAGUCUGAGAGCACCAGCUCUCCGAGUGACAUUCUGAAGAAGGUUCAGCCUGAGCACAGCACUUCAGGACUGCUCAGGGUAGGACCGCAGGUCCCUGUGACAGAUCUGAGCCAGUCCAUGAUGGAGCGGAGCACACACAACCCGGAUGGUGACCCAGUCUCUGUGCCAAGGUUUACGACCAGUGCCUUUGACCCGGAUUAUAUGACACCGGCUCUUGCUCUGAUGAAGAAGAGGAACGAAGAGUUGAAACCAUCCUUGUACAGAACUCCAACAGACUAUCUGCCCAGAGAGAGGCCUUGCAGCUCCAAUUAUGCACACUGGAGAAGGUCACUGGCAGAGACGGUGGGAGAACAGGAAUGAGGGGCGAGGAAACAACUACAUGAGCAAUAUGUUCUGCAGUAUAAUCUUCUGUCCCUGAAGAAAGGCAGCUUCCAUUAACUGAUAGUUACAACGUCUGCAGUGUUAAUUACCCAAGUUAUGCCCCGAAACAGGCUGUGACCUUGAGAAUAAAAUCAUUGUUAUAUAUGCAGGAUGUACUAGUUAUAUCCGUUGAUUUAAUGUACCACUGAAUUUUAUGGUUUGGUGUUUCGCAUACAGUGUGUUACUUUAUAUGGACCUGUACUUGUACUUGUAUAUGCAAGAUUUACUUUAGAAUUUGUUUUAAUAAAAAUAAUUAUUCUGUU